AGUCCAAAAACGUUCAAUUCGUUGCAGAUCUUUACGAGAAAACCUGGUCUGAGGGUGCGUCUGUAAGAGAUUGUGACUAUCUUUGCAAUAGUCCCUACAAGGGGAUGGCUGAUGAUCCUGGAUGCUGUGAUCAUAUGGCCAAGUGUUCAUGUGGUCUCCUUUCUGGAACACACACAUGCGCUUGCGAGCCAGGUUAUUAUGGGCUGGACGGGCAGCUUGGAAAUUGCAAAGCUUGCCCAAAAGGAACGUACAAGAACAGUCACGACGUAACCUCUGAUUGUACUGCCUGUCCUUUUAAAGCAACAACACUACGAGAGGGCAGCACCUCUGUGAAAGAUUGUUCGUGUGUAACUGGCUACAAUGGAGAUCCAUCAACAGGAAAGCCUUGUACAAUUGUAGAAUGUCCGCCACUCCAGGCCCCCUCUCAUGGCAAUUUUCUUCGUCCUUGUGGUAAUACUUUUGGUUCUUUGUGCCUCUUCUCGUGUGAAAAGGGUUACGAACUUCGAGAUCCUAAUAGUAAAGAGCGUAUAUGUCUUGAGACAGGCACUUGGACCGCUACAGAAACUGUCUGUCAAAGGAUUCGGUGCAAAGAACCCAUUGCUCCACCAUAUGGACAGAAGAAGUGUGAUGAUCCUGAUUUCUUGGUCGGUUCUUCUUGUACGUUUGACUGUGAACCGGGAUAUAUGUUAAUUGGACAAAAGAAGAAGACAUGUUUAGCAACAAAAGUUUGGUCAGGGCAAGAAAUAUCCUGCGAACCUGUGAUGUGUCCAGCCCUGAAGUUUCCUCGAUUUGGGAUACUUCAAAUGUGCACACCUGGUAAGCAUCAAGAAUUCAACAAAGUCUGUUUGUUUUCCUGUCUCCCUGGAUUUCAGAUAGAAAGCAGCCCAUUCUUACAAUGUACCAAACAUGGCAACUGGAGUGACAAAAUACCAACAUGUCGAGAUAUUGAGCCUCCUAGUUUAAAAUGUCCACCAUCGAAAGUGUUCUCAACAGAGCCGAAGAAGAACUACGCUCAUGUCAAGUUACCAGAACCUCAUGCCUCAGAUAAUAGUGAUAUCAAGCCAAAAGUCGCCUGGUCUCCUGCACUGAAGUUUCCAGCAAAGUUACCUAUAGGAACUACUGUAAUUUCUUUCAAGGCAACGGACUCAGCGUUAUUAUCAUCUAACUGCAAAACUUCAAUCACUGUGAAAGACAACGAACGUCCUAUAGUUCUCUCUUGUCCUUCAACAAUUGAGUUAGAGACCAAUGAACUAGAUAUAGAAGUAUCAUGGAGAGAACCUGUGUUCUGGGACAAUUCUUUAGAUGAGUUGAAAAUUUUUUCAAAUGAAAAUUCUGGAAAAAGAUUUCCACCAGGUGUCACCUCUGUGGUUUACUAUGCUGAAGAUCCCAGUGGUAACAGAGCAUCUUGUAAAUUUGAAAUCAUUGUAAAAAAGAAUCACUGCCCAUUUUACCCACCCCCAGUAAAUGGUGCCUUAGCUUGUGAUGAUUGGUUGUACGGACAGUUCUGUCAGGUAUACUGUAAUGAAAACUUUGAUUUCAUUACAAAACCUGCGGAAUGGUACAUUUGUGAGAGCACAUCAGAUUGGGAGACUGAUCCCCUCAACUAUCCACUUCCAUGGCCGGAUUGUGCAGAAUGGUAUGUUCCAUCAAAGGUUAGAAAGGCUGUUAGCGGUCAGUACUUUGCAGGGAACUGUUCUGAUCCACGUGUUCAAGAAGUUAUCAAAACACUUUUUCUAAGUCAUUUUACGAAGCAGUUCAAUACCUCACAGUACUGUACGUCAGAGGGAUCUUGCACUAUUGAGCAGGUUCGGGUUAAAUGUGGUAAGGUCAAUCUGACUCUAGCCAGAAAGAAAAGAGAAAUCUCGAGAUUACUGCUUGACCAUAUGCUGGAGAUUGAGGUGGAAUUUACAGUAUCUGCAAGUCAAAAUAAUGUAUCCUCAUUUCAAGAUCUGAUGGAGGCAGUGAAUCGGAUUGUGGCAAACAUGAAAGCUGAAAAUACAGAGGAAGAUAUUUUGAAAGAAAAAUCUGUAGAUGUAGAGCCAUUUAGCGUAGUAGCUAACACCCCAACCCAACUAUUAUGUUAUCCUGGUGCUAUUCUUAAAAAUAAAGAAUGUGUGCAAUGUCCUCUGGGUACAUUCCAUAAUCAAGGCAGUGACGUGUGUGACUUUUGUCCUAUUGGCGAAUUUCAAGACGAAGAAGGUCAGAUAGAAUGUAAGCUAUGUCCAGAAGGAUCGCUAACUGAAGAGACGGGGACUAAAAAUAUUACAAAAUGUAAAGAAAAAUGUCUUCCUGGUACUUUUUCUUUGACUGGUUUGGAAACAUGUAAGGCUUGUCCAGUUGGAACAUAUCAAAACGAAGCACAACAUACAUCAUGUUUAACUUGUCCAUUCUUGAUGACAACAUGGAUAGAGGGCGCCACAGAUGUUCUUGACUGUAAAGAAAAAUGUGAGCCCGGAAGCUUCUCUGAAACCGGUCUAAAGCCAUGCCAACAGUGUCCAGUCGGGUACUACCAAUUUAAUUACGGUCAAUUAUUUUGCCAGGAAUGUUCUGGAAACUUAACAACUGCAGAGGAAGGUGCCAAAUCUUCAAACGACUGUAUUGAGUUCGACCACUGUUAUCAGAAUCCCUGUAAAUAUGGUAGCAAGUGUAUCAGCCUCAAACAUUCGUAUUCCUGUGAAUGUGGUCCUGAACUGUAUGGAAAGCAAUGCGAAAGAAACGUUAAUGCCUGUUUAGAGCAACCAUGUGCUCAUAACAGCACCUGUGUAGAUCUCGUGGUGGGAUUUCAGUGUAUCUGCCAACCUGGUUUCACUGGUGAGACUUGCGAAGAAGAAAUCGACGAAUGUCGUGUUGGUAGUUCAAUAAAGUGUAAGAAUGGAGGAACUUGUGUUGACGAAGUUGGAAGUUUUAAGUGUAUCUGUCCUCCGUGGACGAUGGGUGAUUUCUGUGAAGUUCUUGUCGAUUUAUGCGAGACACAGCCCUGCUACUUUGACGCCAAAUGCCGGGCAAUAAAUUUCACGAGGUUUUGUGACUGUGCUGAAGGAUUUACAGGAAGUGACUGUUCAGUAAAUAUUGAUGACUGUUUUGGAAUAGAGUGUCAUAAUGGAGGAAGUUGCCUAGACAUGGUAAACGGAUACAAAUGCUCAUGUUCUCCCGGAUUUACUGGUGACUUCUGUGAGACGAAUAUCAAUGAUUGUCUUACUCAUCAAUGUCAAAACAAUGCCACUUGUGAAGACGAAGUAGGUGGAUAUGUGUGUUUCUGCCUUCCUGGAUUUACGGGAAAGUUCUGUGAAACAAAGAUGUCUGAAGACUUCGUUAUGAACUUUCAACAGCCAUUGGUGUCAAAUUUUGCAAUAUCUGAUCAUGUUCCGACUAUGUGGGACGUGACACUUGGGUUAUGGGUAGAAACUAACGAUCGCCGACGACCAGGAAGUAUGUUUUCUUACGCUACUGAUUCUAACGGUCAAAUACUAGCCAAUGCAUUAUCAUUAACAGACUAUGGUUCGGUGAAAUUGUAUGUGAACGAUGAACCAAUUUUUACUGACUUGCCUGUGAAUGACGGCAAAUGGCACCAGCUUACGUUUACUUGGUCAUCUGGACAUAGAGGUGAAUGGAAAUUAUUUGAAAACGGACAGUUAGUAACAAAUGGCACUGGAGUUCAGAGUGGUAGGCCUAUUCCUGGCGACGGGACAUUUGUGAUCGGCCAAGAUCAGGAUAGUAUAGGAGGAAAUUUCAGCCCUCUAGAAGCUUUUCAGGGUAACAUCUCAAGGGUUAAUGUUUGGAACAGGAUACUGAAGGAAAGCGAAAUACAACAACUGUGCAAGUUUGAAGACAAUCUUCCUGGACGUGUGAAGGCAUGGCCUGAUUUCCUACAGAAUGUCAACGGUGGUGUUCAAUUACGCCUGGACGAAAGACCACAACUUCCACAAUCAUGAACUAUUUCAUCACUUUUUAAACAUCUAUAAACUACAUCUUUCGAAGGUGUUUAUCGGAAUCAAAGCCGAGUUUUAUAGAAACAUUUUAUUCUAUAAAUACAGGAACUGAAAAGAUGAAACUAUCUAAAAAGCAUAUACUCAAUUAUAUAACACCUUCUAUAACAAAACUUGCUAAAACUCUUCAACAAAAAUUACAAGUAAUAAUAAUUAGUCUUAAUUACGAGUAACAUAAAUCGUCAGCUGGGUAUCCUCGCUGUUCUUGGAAAGCAUUGAGAUGUAUUGCAUGCAUGUAUAAAAAAAAUAUUACAAUAUUUAUAUAUAUGAACAACUGCAUACCAAUGUAUGAAAUACUUCAAAUAUUUCACGUGUUUGAGUGUGAGGGAUAUAAUUACAUUUUAGUGAAAUGGGAAUUACUUAGUUGAAGAAAACAUUUAAGGCUGUUUUCGAGCAUUUACUUUAUACUAUUUUAAAUUAAUAACACACUAAACAGAUAUGAUUCUGCUCGUGCAAAUCAAAUGGUUAAUUAUGCAUUAUAUACUUUAUAUGAAGUUGAUUUAAGGUGACAAAUAUUUAUUCUAAAUUAGAGUGUAAAAAUGAAAACCUAAAUUCAGAAGUGUAAGUACAUAAAAAAGAAGAGAGAUAUAACAAGGACAAUAACUCUCACUUUGAGUCCAAAUAUUUAAUGUGUUUGUGUUAUAUUAUUAUUUUUAUGCAUUUGUAAAAUGGACAAAUCACGCUUUUAUUCUGAUAAAUUGCGGGAAUUCUAGUUAUUUCACGACUAUAUAAACGACACACACACA